UGGAGACUUAGUCUUUCAAUCCUGAUUCCUCAGAUCUCUGCUUUUUUGGAAGAGAAGCAGAAAAUGACCAAGUCUCAUGGUCCGUUGUCAUUUGAGGAUGUGGCUAUAGCUUUCACCAAGGAGGAGUGGCAGCAACUGGACCGCGCUCAGAAGACCCUGUACAGAGAUGUGAUGCUGGAGAACUUCAGCCACCUGGUCUCAUUGGGGCAUCCAAUGUCCAAACCAGAUGUCAUCUCCAAGUUGGAACAAGGACAAGAGCCAUGGAUUGUAAAAAGAGAUAUACCAAGUUGGAUCUAUCCAGAGAGGGAGACUAGACUUGAAAAUCCUCAGUUGGAUAUAUCUGGAGGUGUUUCCUUCCAUAAGGAGAUAUUGGCAAGUGUGACAAGGGAGCAUUCAUUGUACUCCAUUUUUAAGGUCUGGCAGGGUGAUAACCAGCUGGAGAGAGAUGCGGGAAAUCAAGACAGACUUCUCAGGCAAGUCAUGGUCAUCAAAAACAAAACAGGUUCUGAAGAGUCAGGCUAUUCAUAUAAGAUGUUAGGGAAAAUAUUUCAUGACUACGCAGACCUAGAUGCUUCAAGACAAGGACUGUAUGACCCUGACUCAUUUGAAAAGAGCUUGGAACCUAAUGUAAACUUACUCAGUUGUAAUAGGGGUUAUGCAACAAAAAACACUGAUGAGAAUUUUGGGUGUGGGAGUACACCUAUUUCUUCCUAUUCUAAGCAUGAAAAAGUUCAUAAUGGAGUGAAACACUGUGAAGAUCAUCAAUAUGGAAAGAUUAUCAGCAAUAAACAAUCUCUUAUUCAAUAUAUGAAUGUUGAAACUGGAGAGAAGACCUGUGUAUGCAUUGAAUGUGGAAAAUCUUUUCUAAAAAAGUCACAACUCAUAAUACAUCAAAGAAUUCAUACUGGAGAGAAACCAUAUGAUUGUGGUGCAUGUGGGAAAGCCUUCAGUGAGAAGUCACAUCUUAUUGUACAUCAGAGAACUCAUACUGGGGAGAAACCUUAUGAAUGCUCUGAAUGUGGAAAAGCUUUCUCUCAAAAAUCAUCCCUCAUUAUACAUCAGAGAGUUCAUUCUGGGGAAAAACCAUAUGAAUGUAAUGACUGUGGGAAAGCUUUCUCCCAGAAAUCCCCCCUUAUUAUACAUCAGAGAAUUCACACUGGAGAGAAACCUUAUGAAUGUAAUCAAUGUGGGAAAGCCUUCUCCCAGAAGUCACAGCUGAUUAUACAUCAUAGAGCUCAUACUGGAGAGAAGCCAUAUGAAUGUACUGAAUGUGGGAAAGCCUUCUGUGAGAAGUCCCACCUCAUUAUACAUAAAAGAAUUCACACUGGGGAGAAACCCUACAAAUGUGCUCAAUGUGAGGAAGCCUUCAGCAGAAAGUCAGAACUCAUUAUACAUCAGAUAAUUCAUACUGGGGAGAAACCUUAUGAAUGUACUGAAUGUGGGAAGACCUUUUCCCGGAAAUCACAGCUCAUCAUACACCAGAGAACACAUACUGGAGAGAAACCCUACAAAUGCAGUGAGUGUGGAAAAGCUUUCUGUCAGCAGUCACAUCUCAUUGGACAUCAGAGAAUUCACACAGGAGAAAAACCUUAUAUAUGCAGUGAAUGUGGGAAAGCCUUCUCUCAGAAGUCCCACCUCCCGGGGCAUCAGCGCAUUCAUACAGGAGAGAAACCUUACGUGUGUGCUGAGUGUGGAAAGGCCUUUUCCCAGAAGUCAGACCUUGUUGUACAUCAGAGAAUUCAUACUGGGGAGAAACCCUAUCAGUGUACUAUCUGUGGUAAAGCGUUCAUCCAGAAGUCACAACUCACUGUACACCAGAGAAUUCAUACAGUGGUAAAAUCAUAA